AUGAAACUGGCUGAUGUACCAAAAACAUUCGGACUCACUGAACUGCAAAAGGGAUACUUUCCCCACUUUUUUAACCGCGCGGAAAACCAGGACUAUGUGGGGCCAAUGCCUGAAAUCCGAUUCUACGAUCCAAACUGUAUGAACUCCAAUGAUCGCGAGAAGUUCUUGGCAUGGUACAAGGACCUCGUUGAACGGGAGUACCAGUCGAUUUCCAAGCAGAGAUCCUCAGGUACUGUCAAUUUGACGUGGACAUCCUUCGCCGUAGUUGCCUGGAGUUCCGCAAACUGUUCCGUCAGAUCACCGACGUCGACCCCUUUGCAUCGUGCUUAACUAUUGCUUCUGCCUGUAACCUAGUUUUUAGAAAAACCUUCCUUGAAGAAGGUACCAUUGCCAUCAUUCCUCCCUGUGGAUACAAUCCGAAAAACAAGUAAUCUAUUAUUGCGUUGAAGAUGCUUGCCUGGAUUGCUCAGUGAGACAACAUUGUCAUCCAGCACGCUUGUAGCCAUGGUGAGAAACGGAUCGGCAAGUAUCUUGUGGAUGGGUUUAAUGAAGAGGCCAACGCGGUGUGGGAGAUCCAUGGAUGUCUCUGGCACGGGUGUGAGCGGUGUUAUGCCUGUGACACAGUGAACCCUGUCAACCACCUUACCAUGCACGACCUUCGACAGAGGACACUUGAAAAGGCACAAUAUUUGUGCAACAAUGGAUUCAAUGUCACAGAAAUAUGGACAUGUGACAUUGAACGUCAGCUUGCCAUGAACUCAGCUCAGAGAUGAAAGAAUUCUUCGAGAACUUUCAGAUAUCUGAACCACAGGAGCCACAACAAGCUUUUUUCGGUGGUCGCACUAAUGCCACCUGUCUGUAUCGCGAGGCUGUGGAUGAUGAGAAAAUCCGCUAUGUUGACUUCUGCAGUCUCUAUCCGUGGUAAGUAUGUUUCUAAUUAUAUUAAUAGCAAAACAUCACUUGCUAACCUUUCUUUCAAUACUGUCUGUUUUAGGUGCAAUAAGUAAGGAGAGUAUCCCCUUGGGCAUCCAGAGAUUGUCACCGAAAACUUUGCGCCCGUGGAAGACUAUUUUGGAGGCAAGCUGAUGUUUCCGUUAUGUCGUACUUGUGCCGAUAUCCUACAACAAACGCCAUGCCAGCACGGUGACAUGGUACUUGGGUGAGUCUGGAGCUGGAAAAGGCCCUCGAGAAAGGUUAUCAGCUCGUUCAAAUCGAGGAAGUAUGGCACUUUCCACAACACACAGACAGGCUCUUCAAAGGCUAUAUUGAUACGUUCCUUAAAAUCAAGCAAGAGGUACAGCUUUAAACAAUGGGUCCCUCCCGUAAAUUCUUUGCUCUUCCUCUUAAGUAGAUUACAUUGCCGAUUACGCGGCCAAAGAAGGGAUCCAGCUGGAUCCGAGGAAAAUUAUGAAGAAUCCUGGCUUGAGGGCUUUAGCAAAACUAAUGCUCAACUCGUUUUGGGGUAAGGAAUGCUAUACUGUUAUUACUGACGCUUUCUUUCUCUGGGGAGAAUCUAGGUUUUGACAUGUAUUUUUAAAAUUUCUUUUUUUUAAAUUUUAUCGUUUUCAGGAAAGUUUGUGCAACGCUCUAACAUGGGUCAGAUCAAGAUUGUCUCGGAUCCGGCCGAGUAUUUUGACCUCUUCUCCAGCGAUAAUAUAAAUGUCACAAAUGUUAACUUCAUCUACGAUGAAUUAAUCGGAGCUCGUCGACCAGCUUAUUGA